CCUUUCCCUUCUCUCCCUUUCGUACCGAAAAUCUCAAGCUGUGCGCGUUCCUAGCACAGAACUCGUUAGUUUCAAAGCUUCGGACAAGCCACGCUAUCAAAACCUAAAAGCCCAAUGCCCCGUGACUCACGCUUCCUUUCCCUGUCCCCCUCUUCCUCUUUUGAUGGUCCGGGACAGGACCGUUAAGCUCUAAGGGUAGAACUACAGGACGAGGUUAACCCUAAUUGUAGCUACGUUUCGCGCUAGGUCACCUACUCGUAAUCUAGCUGCGUUUCACGCAAGAUGGCUCCUGUGUUCACUUACGUCGUUACGAUGUCCUUUCCCCCCCUCUCACUUAGCGCACCGUUCCUGUAUUUCCUGGCGCGCCGUCCCCUUUAGUCGUUACCGCGCGAAAUUAGGCCUACUUUAGUGCUUCGAGAGCCCCCACCUCCUCCACCCCCACGGCCACAAGUACCAAUGCUCGCACAGGUGAGGCGGCGGCAGCAGGGCUUGUCGCAGAGGUUGCGGCAGUACUGGGGGGUCCCGCAGAGGCGGCAGUUGAGGGGGGGGUGUGGAAGGUGAAAGAGGGGGUGACGGAGAGAGUAGAGGGGGAAAGAUCAGCGGAGACUGUGGGGGCUGGUGAGGACUCGGAGUGGGACGAGGCGGGGGACUCGGAUGGGGAUGACACGAAGGACUUGGAUUGGGUCUUGGGGGGCGCCGAGGACUCGGAGGAGGACGUAGUCGAGUUUAUAGCACCCGCUCCUAGUGCAGCCAAGCUCAAAACCAUGUCCUCCGCAGGGGAGCCAGCGACAGGAGUUGCACAAUUGGCAGGACCAGCAGCCGGAGCAGAGGAGGGGAAGGCAUCGGGGCCGGCUGCGGCGGGGGCGGCAGAAGGAGAUCCUGCAGAGGUAGCAGCAGCAGCCGCUGGAGUUGGGGCUGCUCUAGAGGUGGCAGCAGCCGAGGAGGGGGUCGCUGCGGUGGCGGCAGCAGCAGCAGCAGCAGCUGGGGCGGUGGCAGAGGCGGUGGCAGCAGGAGCACGGGCAGCGGCGGCGACGGUGGAUCGUGCAAGGGGUGCAUCGGCUAGGGCUGGGGAGACGGCAGCGGCAGAGGCAGCAGCAGCAGCAGCAGGAGGGGCCAUCGAGGCAGUCGGGGCGGAUUUGGGGGUGGCAGCAGCAGCAGGCACCCCUGCAAAGGCGGCAGAUGUGGGGGCUGUUAUAAUCACAAUAGGCUUAGAUGUGCCUAAAAUGAGAGAUAGAGAGCACAGUCGGAUUUGCGUCAGACGGCUUCAAAUAUUGAUGCCGAUGUGGUCGUUGAGUCAAACGGUGAUCUGUAAGUUGGAUCUGAAGCGCGUUGCUAUCGCCUAUCAGCAGCAAGUUGAAUCAUGAAAUUCCAUGAAGAUUUGACGACGCUAUGGCGGUUUGACUGGCAGGAGGUAUAGUAGCCACUAUAGUGUUACCGUAAUCCCCCGGAUAUAACACCCUAUGGUGGAUAUGAAAAUUCACUAAAAAAAUGAGUGGGUG